AUGUACGGAAGACCAAAUACUAAUACGUAUCCGGGGGGACAGCUAGCUUCAAAGAUGGCAGCUGCACAGCAGUCUCAAAUGGGAGGAGCACCUCAAGCUGGUGGUCAACCACCAUAUCCAACUGGUGGUCAACCUCAAUAUGGUCAAGGUCAGCAAGGUCAGAUUUCCUCACCUGUGCAUCCAUCCCCAUCCCCCCAUCCGCAAUAUCCUUCGCAUGGUCAUUCGUCACCGUCGCCUUAUGGUCAAACUCCGCCAUCUCCAUAUGGUGGUCAGCCUUCACCAUCUUAUGGACAAGCUCCGCCAUCUCCACAUCAUCAGUCAUAUGGGCACCCUCCACCUCCUCCACCUCCACCUCCACAACAACAACAACAUCAAUAUAAUCAGUAUAAUCCAUCUUAUGGUCAGCCUCCACCCCCUCAACAACAAUAUCAACAACAUGGGCAACAAGGGCAAUACGGGCAAUCUCAGCCGCCACCACAACAAUAUCAAUCGAAUCAGUCAUAUCAACAAUACCCACCGAACCCACGAGACCAGCCUCCUACACCGACGCAAUCAUAUGCUCCUUCGCAGUAUGGACAAGAUGCUGGAAACCCACUAACACAGUCUCAAAUAGGUCAGCAAUAUCAAGCCUACCCGGGCCAGCAAGGAGGUGCUCCACCUCGUUCCGGCCCCUUGGGCUAUGCACCGGGUGGAAGCUCGAUCCCACCACAAGCGGUUAAACAAUCUCUUAUGCAGACUAUACAGGAAAAGAACUUGGGCAACAUGUUCAGAAAUCCUCAAAUCCUUGACCAGAUCUGUGCCAUUGCUCCUCAGAAAAUCGAUCAACUAUGCCAAACCUGGAAUGUUCCUAAGGAAUUGGGCGCCGAUAUUGUAAAGCUUGCGCUAUUCGAUAUCAUCCUUUUCGUUGAUGACAGUGGUUCCAUGAUUUUCCAGGAGAAUGGUUCCCGUAUUGAUGAUAUGAAGCUCGUAUUAGGAAGAGCUGCUUAUGCCGGAUCCUUAUUCGACGCCGACGGAAUCGAAGUACGCUUCAUCAACAGUGACGUACAAGGCAACAACAUCCGUUCUGAGGCAGAAGUCGAGGCUUUAGUCAAACGCGUCAAUUUCAAGGGAUUGACACCUUUGGGCCAACAACUCAAGAACAAGGUUGUGGAGCCACUGAUCAUGAACAAGGCGAGAGCCAAUGCGCUUCAAAAGCCAGUCUUGGUGAUCGUUAUUACCGAUGGACAGCCAGAUAACCAAGAUGAAGUUUUCCAAGUCGUCAAGAACUCCUCAGCCGAGCUCGCACGUACUCAAUAUGGAAAACAAGCUAUUUCCUAUCAAUUCGCACAAGUCGGUAAUGACAAGCAGGCUACGGAAUUUUUGAAGAAGCUUGAUGAUGAUAGGAGCAUCGGAGAUUUGAUUGAUUGUACAUCAAACUUCGAAGCCGAACAAGAUGAAAUGGCCCGAACCAACCCAGGAACCGAAUUGACUCCCGAUUUGUGGUUGUUGAAGCUUUUGGUUGGUGCCGUUGAUGCUUCCUAUGAUACCAAGGAUGAAACUGGAAGCCGUCCUCAACCACCCCCAGGUCAAUAUGGACAACCGCAACAAGGAUCUCAACAACCUGGCGGGUAUGCGCCACCACCUGGUCCACCGGGUCAGCAAUAUGGUGGAUAUCCUCCUCAACAACAGGGUCAAUAUCCUCCACAACAACAACAAGGUCAAUAUCCUCCUCAACAACCUCCUCAACAACCUCCUCAACAACAGCAACAACAAGGCCAAUAUGGUGCUCCUCCUCCAGGUGGUUCUUAUCCUGGUCAACAACAAUACAGACCAGGUGGAGCUCCACCUGCUCCUCCACGUUACUAA